AAAUCCUGGUCUCCGUAUAGGUAUAACAUGCCAUUUUUUGUUAGUGUGUAAGUAAGUUACUUACAUGAAUGAUGAAGUAGUAACCUGUUGCGCAAUGCUUGUUUGACAGUCACAGCGGGCACGCCCUUGCCGCCCGAUUCAUCUUCAGGUUAUUGGCUUUAUAAAAGCUGAUGUGAAAAAUCAACGGGCAUUACAGCAGCAGAACUUCUUCAAGACCUUUCUUUUACUGUCUAUGAUCUAGACAUGUCGCGCGCAUGUUCCGUCACUCCACCGAACUUCUCGUGGGUCCAACCUCAGAAACUCGCCGGACUGGCGUGUCCUUCAGAGGCUCAGCAUUUCAAGUUCCUGGUGGAGAAUGGCAUCAAACACCUGGUGUGCUUGUUAGAAUCGAUCCCACCGAAUUAUAAGGUCUGUCCAGAGCUCAUCCUGCAUCACAUCAGCAUAGUGGACUUCACGCCACCGAGUCUGGCUCAAAUACUGCGAUUCCUGAGCAUCGUGGAGGAAGCCAAUGCUAAAGGACAGGGUGUUGCGGUUCACUGUAUGCAUGGUCAUGGCAGGACAGGGACCAUGCUAGCCUGCUAUCUGGUGAAAACAAGGAACAUCUCGGGUCUGGAAGCCAUCAAAGAAAUCCGCAGACUUCGGAAAGGGUCCAUUGAGACAGAAGACCAGGAGAAAGUAGUGAUAGAGUUUCACAAAUACAUUCAAAACUGUUCUCUAAAACAUUAAAUCUCCACACUCACAUUUAUAUUCUACAUUGACAGAUGUCUUCUUUGAUCCAUGUUCUUCACCAGGUGUUAAAUCUUUCUCUCUCACACACACUUGUGUAACCUAACCUACUCUUUAGAUAACCGAUGAUUUGGGUGUGUUGGUUAAUACAGAAAACAUGAAUUUGAUAAGCUGUACUCCUACCUUUAUAAAAUAACUCUGAUAUUAAUACACAAUGCAGAUUAGGAUCAUGUUACAUGAAGUCUACUUCUAUUUAACAGUCCAGUUAAUCUUGAAUGCAAUGCUAAUUGGGUCUAUAAUGCUUUUGUUUGUAUUCAGAUCUAAUGAUUGAUUAAAAAAUGCAUUAAAAAGUAACGCUCAUUCACAACAGCUUGA